ACGUCGUUCCACCAGAGCCUGCUCAACCCCUCUGUCCCCUUAUACUACUUCUCCCUUCCUUCACACUUCACCACAAUGUCCAUGAAGAGGAAGCUCUCGAUUGACUUCGACGACGAGGUCAUGUAUUCGAACGCGAAGCGCCCCAAUCUAUUCGCGUUUCCGACGUCCGAGCUCAGUAACGAUGUCGCCAUGUCCGACGCGUCCUCAGACGCUGACCUGCUCACGCCGCUCACCUUUGCACCCGAGCGCCACUUCCAUUCGCGCCUUAACUCGAACGCCAGCACCUUCUCGACCUCGUCCGAAAUUUCCUCGCUCCAGAACUCGCCGAGCAGUUCACCGUGUUAUCCAGACUUCGUUCUCUACCCAUCCGUCGAGCACGACGCCACCGCCAACUCUUCAGCUUACUUCGACUCACCUAUGACCAACAGCCCGAAGCAGUCUGUUGGACUCAUCCAGCCCAGGGGUACGGCGUUCACUCAUCAUGGCCAAACCUGCUCCCAGAUUCCGAAACUCCGUAUGGCAUGUGCGUCGGGACCCAACGGCCAGAGAACAAUGUGGGCACAUUGCGAACAGUGCGGCGCCAUCGAGAUGGUCGACUUCGACUAGAUUUCUCCGGCUUUGCUCACCUAUGAUACAAAGGUGGAAGAUCGGUCUCGACAGCUCGGUAUUGGUAUUAUGCCCCGUCCCCUUUGAUCUAACUUCUUUUUUUCCCACCUCUUGCCGCCGACAAUGUCGACAAAAAUCGGACAGCGCACUAUGUUUAUUCGUCUGUAUUCUACUCCCCUUUUCUACUCUGGCGACAUCGUGCGACAGCUCGGCGCAUACACCCACAAAAUCUAGGCCGCUGAUGGACCAGGCAAGACAUGAAGGCCCCGACACGUAUCAUCCCCGCAUUUCCUCCGACACCGACAUCUCCACGGCGACCGACAUCAACGAUCCGACACCGCCUUCGACAACGUCCGCCAGGCCAUCGACUUGACGCCCCCGCCUCUACACUGCCUUCGUCCCGCAUUGCCAUCUUGUCUUUUCUAUUCUACAUUACGUGUCCCCAUACAUUCUCACGGCAUCGUCACUCACCACCCACUCACAUCCGCUGCUGAAGACAUGUGCCACAGCCCUUACUGGACGCGGCACGGCUUUGCCAUGAUCACCCUUCCGUCUGCUGUUUGCUCGUCUGUUGUUCUCAUUGCUGGUAUCAUCGU